CAACGCCAACUUGACUCUGCACAUAAGCACCUGCCCCUCUGGCGCAAGGGCGCACACCCAAUUGGAACGCACGUGGCACGCAAGGAAAUUAUGCAACACACCAAGACCAAACAGCCUUCGCCGUGCACUCAUUUCAGCUCAGCCAUGCCUGCCGACGAGAGGCGAAAGGUGAUUGUCGUAGGCGAUGCCAACUGCGGCAAGGCUAGCCUCUUGGGCGUCUUCGUCCACGGCUGCUUCCCCGAAGUCAGCACUGGUAUGUCCUUUGAGGAAUGCCAUGCCAGUCUGACCGUGGGUACAGAAGAGGUCUACCUGACGUUGUGGAACACGUCGGGCCAAGAAGACUAUCACAAUCUGCGGCCUGUCUCCUACCUGGAUGCCGAUGUCUGUAUCGUCUGCUUUUCCAUUGGCAGCCACGAUUCUCUGGAGUCGGCGUCAGAGAGAUGGGCAAAAGAGGUGAGACUUUGA